GUUGACACGUAAACAUUGCCGGAACAAAACACAACCUCAUCAGCUUCAUCUCUUUUUUGAAGCUACAAACAAACGUACGUUAACGGUGCCAAUGUCCACCGUCAGAAUUCAAGUUUCGGCGUGCGCUCUUUCCGCUACCGUCAAUCACCUUCGAUAUCGCCCAAACUACGUCGUUUCAACCAGCCACUUCAACAACCAUUUCAGCUUCAAACCCCUCAGAGUAUCAAUGUCUUCCGUUCCUCCUUCCGAGCCAUUGGAAGUUGUUGUCAAAGCUUCUAUCACAACACCGAACAAGAUCGGAGACUGCCCUUUUAGCCAAAGGGUAUUGCUGACACUGGAGGAAAAACAUUUGCCUUAUGACCCAAAAUUGGUGAAUUUAGCCAACAAACCAGAAUGGUUCCUUGAAAUAAGUCCUGAAGGUAAAGUUCCUGUAAUAAAGUUUGAUGGGAAAUGGGUUCCGGAUUCAGAUGUAAUCACACAAACAUUGGAAGAGAAGUAUCCUAGCCCACCAUUGAUUACUCCACCUGAAAAGGCUACAAUUGGUUCAAAGAUCUUUUCUACAUUUAUUGGAUUUCUCAAGAGCAAAGAUUCCAAUGAUGGAACAGAACAAGCAUUGCUAAAUGAACUGAGCUCUUUCAAUGAUUACAUCAAGGAAAAUGGUCCUUUUAUCAAUGGGAAAGACAUAUCUGCAGCUGACCUGUCACUUGGACCAAAGCUAUACCAUUUGGAAAUUGCUUUGGGGCAUUAUAAGAAAUGGACAAUACCUGAUUCACUUACCUUUUUGAAGUCUUACAUAAAGGAUAUUUUCUCGAGGGAAUCGUUCAUCAACACACGUGCACAACCGCAAGAUGUCAUUGAAGGUUGGCGUCCUAAAGUGGAGGGUUGAUUAUAUGCUACUCUUUCUUUCAUUUGCUUGAGACUCUAAGGGUACAUGCUACUCUAGUUGGGUAUAUAUUCAGCAGCAUUCUAUCAAGAGCUGAAUACCAAUAUUGUUAUAUAUUGUAGCCGUGAUUGUUCACUGUCAACUAAAGCAUACUUGUUUUUUCUUUCUUUCUUAAGAAUAGUUGGCCAGAGAUUGUAACAUGUUAGGGAGAGAGGUCAUGAAGACUGUAUGUAGAGAUAAAUAAUUGCAUUAUGCGAAGAGAAAUUGGAAUUACAUCCAUCCCUAACCUAGCUAGUGUUCGGCUAAGAAAAAUUUGGCUCCUCAAAAGUGAAUAAAUCAAUGUUUAAUAUA